CGUCACUCACGUGGGAGCCGGGUGUUUGCGACUCUAAGAGGCGCAGCGUGUGGGGCAUUAGGGGCUUCUGGACAGCAGGAUGGGGGACCCGGAUCGGGUGUUGAGCGCGUCUCCCAAUUGGUAUUGUACCCGGUGUAGCGAUGCCGCCGGGGGUCUCUUUGGAUUCGGGGCGCGGAACUCUGUCUACCUUCUGCGGAUCACCCCGGAGGAACCUGGAUUGUAUGGGGAGCUGCUUGGCCACACGGAGAGGGUCUCCGGCUUUGCCUUCUCUCGCAGUUCCGGGCAGUCUCACCUCUGCGCCAGCAGCUCCGACGAUGGAACCGUCAAAGUUUGGGACACGCGGACCAAGAGCGCCGUCACCGAACACAAGCUGCACCGGAGCACGAUUUCUGCCCUGCACUGGUCACCGCUGGUUAAGGACUUGCUGGUGACCGGGGACGAGAAAGGAAUAGUUGUUUGUUUUUGGUGCAAUCGCAACGAAGGCCAGCAGUUCUUUCCUGAACCGAGAACCAUCUUCUGCCUCUCCUGCUCCCCCCACCAAGAGGAUCUGGUGGCUGUUGGGUACAAGGACGGCAUGAUUGUACUGAUAGACAUCAGCCGAAGGGGUGACGUGGUCCACCGUUUACGUGGACAUGAUGAUGAGAUACACUGCUUGGCAUGGUGCCCGCAGCCCCACGAGGAUGAACUGCACCUGAGGUUGGAGGAGGCAACCGGAGAAGAGCUGAACGCAGCCAACGGCGACCUCCUCCCGCAGAACGAGAGCAAGGUGUGUUACCUGGCCUCCGGCAGCAAAGAUCAAACUCUCCGUAUUUGGAACUCCUCCUCUGGCAAAGGAGUGAUGACGCUGAAGAUGCCCUACCUGAAGCGCCGCGGUGGUGGUGUUGAUCCGGCUGUGAAGGAACGUCUUUGGCUGACGGUGCUCUGGCCUCGUGGGCGUCCUACACAAAUAUUAUCAAGCUGUUUUGGGGGAGAGCUGCUUCUAUGGGAUCUUUCCAGGUCUGGGAGACAGAAAUGGACGAUCCUGGGCUCUUCGGAGGGACAGAACCACUCCCGAAUCGUGUUUAACCUAUGUUCUCUAGUAACUGAGGAGGGACGAGAGCUCCUGAUGUCUACUUCCAUGGAUCGAGAUGUGAAAUGUUGGGAUCUGGGCUCCCUUUCGUGCUGCUGGUCCUUGACGUCGCUGGGUGGCUUUGUGUACACGCUCGCCUUCUCCCCGGUGGCUGCGGGAUGUCUAGCCGUUGGCGUUGGAGAUAGUAUGAUCCGCGUGUGGAACACUCUGUCUGUGGUCAACGCGUAUGACGUGAAGACAUUGUGGCAGGGCAUUCGCUGUAAAGUCACUGCGCUGUCCUGGCAUCCGACCAAAGAGGGCAGCCUGGCGUUUGGGACAGACGACGGGAAAGUCGGCAUUUAUGAAGUUUACUCCAACAAACCCCCGCAAACUUCCAGCACGUAUCACAAGAAGACUGUUUAUUCCCUGUCGUGGGGAUCUCCGCUGCCCCCCGUCUCUCUCGGAGCAGAAGGGGACCGGCCGGCCGUUACUCUGUACAGCUGUGGGGGCGAAGGGGUUAUCUACCAACACAACCCGUGGAAGCUGAACACCGAGGCUCAAGACAUCAACAGACUUAUCCGAGACACCAACGACAUUAAGCACAAGUUACCCGUACGCACAGAACUGAGCUGGAGAUCAGACGGGGAGCAUUUAGCCAUCGGCAAUGAAGAUGGGACCAUCGAGGUUUUCCGGGCUCCGCGGCUGCAGCUCGUCUGCACGAUCCAGCAGCAUCACAAGCUGGUGAAUGCCCUGCGCUGGCACCACGGUCACAGCGAGGACCCCAACCUUAAAUUCCUCUUGGCCUCGGGAUCGAACAACGCCGUCAUCUACGUCCACAACCUGAAAGCUGUGCUGGAGAGCGCCGCCGAUGCCCCCGUCACCAUCGCAGAGCCGUUCCGUACCCUCACUGGCCACACGGCAAGGAUUACGAGCCUCUCCUGGAGUCCUCACCACGAAGCCAGGCUGGUGUCUGCCUGCUAUGAUGGAACAUCUCAGGUGUGGGACGUACUGCAAGAGCAGCCGCUCAGUAACUAUCGCGGGCACAAGGGUCGCUUACUCUGCGUUCAGUGGUCUCCUGUGGAACCUGAUCAAGUGUGGACCGGAGCUGAUGACUUCUGCCUCCAUAACUGGUCCAUAUCAAAACAGGAGCACAGUCACCCUCCAAAAGGCAAAAAAGCCACUGACCUGGAAAGGAAACGUUCCGUGCAGCCCAAACCCAAAGCCAAGAAAAAGAAGAAGCCAGACAGCACCAAACAGGAACCCGGAGGAGACGCCGUCGGAGGAGACAUAGACAACCUGUCUUCUGCCCAGAACGGGACAUCAGACCAAGAAGAGGAUCAGGCGGCUUCUGCGCUGAAGACACCGGACAAAGCCUCUCAGGAAGAUACUGUAUAUCAAACUGCCUCUGAAUCUCAGGCCCAACCGACUUCGCCUUCUUCCCCCACCCCGGAGAAACGCUGCCCCAGUCCACCCUUUAGGAACUUGCCUACGAGAAAAGAUCACGCCAAGGAUAAGAUGGAACUCCACAGCAGAAAGAAGAAAUCUCGCUCGCUGCUCCCGCUCAGCACCAGCAAAGAUCACCGGUCCAAGGAGGAGCAGCAUCGUGACUGCGUGAGGCUAGCGACUGCUGUAUGUGCUAAAGAGGCGAAGGACGGAUCUCCUGCCGCGUUGGAGGAUGCGAUGCAUCUGGGUCUCUACAGCGACCGAGCCGCUCUGUAUCGGCUCAUGGAGGAAGAAGGGAGAGCCCACCUGGAGAGCGGCCACCCAGAGCUUCACCACCAGAUUAUGCUGUGGAAAGGAGACCUGAAGGGGACCCUGCAGCUGGCUGCGGAGAGGGGAGAGCUGACGGACCACUUGGUAGCCCUGUCGCCCAUGGCUGGAUACACGGUCUGGCUGUGGACGGUCGAAGCGUUUGUCAAACAGCUCUGCUUCCAAGAGCAAUACGUGAAAGCUGCGUCCCACCUGCUGUCCAUUAACAAAGUGUAUGAAGCCAUUCAACUCCUCAGAGGAAACCAUCUCUACAGGGAAGCCAUCGCCGUGGCUAAAUCUCGUCUCCUCCAUGAUGACCCCGUGCUACGGGAGCUGUACACCGCCUGGGCCGCAGUGCUAGAACAGGAUGGACAUUAUUCGAUGGCCGCCAAGUGUUAUUUAGGGGCAUCUUCUCCGUACGAUGCAGCUAAAGUGCUUUCCAAGAAAGGAGAUGCGUUGUCCCUGAGCACAGCUGCCGAACUCGCCUUAAUAGCCAGGGAAAAGGACCUGGCCGGCUCUUUCGCCCUCCGCUGUGCCCAAGAGUUUGUGACUGCGAAGAACUGGGUGGGAGCCCAACAGAUCCUGCAACAGCACCACAGCCUGCUGGGCCAGAGGUUGGUCUUCUGCACAAGUGAGCUGCUGUACAAACUCCUGGAGGAGAAGACCCCUGUAGACUGGAAGACGCAAUCCACGCCGUGCUUCAACGAGUGGGAGAAGAGCGUGGCUGAAGGCCCAUUCCUCGCUAAGCUUACGGAUCUGUGGCAGAGCGAGUUUUCUGUAAACACUGCAGAUCUCUACACCGAAGCUUAUCGACAGUUAAACACAUGUGAAACCCCUCCAACGACGGCCAACACCAACCCUAAGCAGCUCCUUCUCCAGAUCGCUCACGAGGUCACUCUGUCUUCACUGAGCCGUCUCACAAAUAAAUGGGAUGAAGUUGCCCCAUCUUUAUUACGUGCCCUCACCCGCUGUCAACAAGCGGGUCAUUUCACCUUAAUGCAAGAGGUUUCCAAGCUCCUGCUUCCUCACGGUUGCGGAGAGCUGCAGGCGAAUACAAAUCCAGACAGCAAAGCUAGUGUGGCUGCAUGCGAUAGCCUUCGGGCAUUCAUUGCCUACAUGAAGCUCUAUGAGGAAUGGUGGGGUCAUCGUGACGGUUCUCCUACCUGCAAGCCACAAGCAGACCAAGAUCAGGACGCCCCACCGGGCAGAGAUCCGCAGUCAUCGGGGGAGGAAAAAACACCGGCAAGAGUGCUUGGAUUUGAGGCGCUGUUGUCGGAGAUGCACGCCGCGUUUCAGAAAGCACAAAGGGAGAUUGCCGAGGUACAGGGAGCGCUCCGAGACAUGAUCCAGCAGCACCAGAGACUCCGGCAGGCGCAGGAUAACUCCCUGGAACUGGAGCAGGAGGAAGAUCCAAGUGCGUUGUCUCAGGACAAAUCUCCAAACAGCCAAAUCUCCGCUGGUCCCAGCCCCGUGUCAUUGGCAGAACUGAUGAAAAAGCUUUCCUCGGCAAACCAUAAACUUGCAGAAUUUCCUGAGUACUUAAAGGUGCUGCCCUUUCCUGAGGUUCUAGAGAGCUGUCUGGUGCUUCUUCAUCUCCCUCCUUCCCGAGUUUCACCCGAAAUACAGGCGCGGGCCUUGGCUCUGCUGCAGAACCAUUGCUCGGGAUCUCCUGAUCAUCAAAAAGCUGCCGCGAAGUUCCUCUCUUCAUCCAAAUGACUUUUUUUCUCCAGGAAUAUUUCUGUUCCGGGA